AUGCGGCCUGUCCGGCGGCGGGAAAGAGACGCCAUUUUAACUUCCUCUUCUUCACCCCCUCCUACAGUGUCCUCCUCCGGCGUGGUGGGGGUCAGCUUGGGAGCCGCAGCGCUGGUCGUGGUGAUGGUGGGCGCGGCGUGGGCGUGCUACCGGCGAGGGCGUGGAGGGGCGCACAAGAAGAUGGGCGGCGAGCGGCAAAUGGCCCUCCGCCGCCCAACCGCCGUCAAGAACCCACAAGCCCAUAGCCAUUACCUGAAGAAGUCCCCCUCGCCCACAGGAGCAAGGACGCCGCCGGGAGGAAAGUCCCCCACGGGUAACAAGAGCCCCCCCGGCGCCCCCCGUUCCCCUGGGAGUGGGGCCGGACCAGGGGGCGGCCUUUCCCCCAACUGCUCCACCCCCAAGACAGCCUCCCCCGCACACCAAAGCUCACGUAGCUGCGGAGCGGUGACGGAUGACCUCGGACGUGUAACAUACGUGAACGAGCGAGGAGGAGGAGGAGGAGGAGGACAUGAUAAGGACAAGCCCAGCACACCGUCGAAGGAGGAGCUGGAGCUGAACGAGAGGAACUUGGCCAAGGAGAGCUCCCCCAAUGCCCCUUCCACCACCACCACCACCUCCUCCACCACCACCACCACCUCCAACGCCACCCGUCUCGGCAAGCUGCACUUCAAGCUGAGGUACAACUUCGACAAGAACGCCCUGGUGGUGACGAUUGUGAAAUGCACUGACCUGCCCGCCAAAGACCAGGGGCUCACCUCCAGCGACCCCUACGUGAAGCUGCAACUCCUCCCCGACAAGCAACACAAGGUGAAGACCCGCGUCCUCCGCAAGACCCUCUCCCCGACCUACGACGAGGACUUCACCUUCUACGGCAUCAACUACUCGCAGCUGCAGAACAUCACCCUCCACUUCAUCGUGCUGAGCUUCGACCGGUAUUCGCGCGACGACAUCAUCGGGGAGGUGGUGGCGCCGCUGAACAACCUCGACCUGGCAAACACCGAGGCCUCGCUCGCCCUCACACGGGAGAUCAGUCCUCGGGCCCUCAAGGUCCGCUCGCAGGGUCGCGGGGAGCUGCUGGUGUCCCUGUGUCACCAGCCCGCCGCCAACCGCCUCACCGUGGUGGUACUGAAGGCCCGCAACCUGCCCAAGAUGGACAUCACGGGGCUCUCAGACCCGUACGUCAAGAUCUACCUGCUGUACAACGGGCAGCGCGUCGCCAAGAAGAAAACGCACGUCAAGAAGCGGACACUCAACCCGGUCUUCAAUGAGUCCUUCGUCUUCGACCUGCCCGUGGGCGUGGAGGGCCUCGACAGCAUCAGCCUCGAGUUCCUGCUGCUCGACUGGGACCGUGUGACCAAGAACGAGGUGAUCGGGCGACUGGAGUUGGGCGGGACGCGGGCGGCGGCGUGCGGGUCCGCCAGCCACCACUGGAGCGAGGUGGUGACGUCGCCGCGCCGCCAGAUCGCCGAGUGGCACAAGCUGCGGGAGUAAGAGGCGGCGCCCCCUCCACUAGGCCCCGGCAGCCCCCGCCCCGCCCCGGCACAAGUCACGUGACCACGACUCUUCUUAUCAGACAAUAAGCCACGCAGCACGCCCGCGUCCUCCACCAGCAGCGGGCGUGGGCAUGCGUGCGGGCGUGGGGGCCGCUGCCGCUCCCAGGACCCCGCCAGUCCACAUGUAUCUCGAUGGUUGUCACGUUGAUGUGUGAGUGUAGGGCUCCGUGUCCCGCGUCCCCCACGUGUACCUCCCUCCUCCAGCGCGCAGCCCCGUGGACCACAUGACGUGCUUCAGGAACACCGCCGGUGUCGACACAUUCCCUCCGCCCGACGCAGGCCCGCCCGGCACCACCUCGGCCACGCCGCUUCGGGACGGGCCUGCACAACUCUCCUGUACGCUACACUACCCGCUUGGAGGCACCCCAGCUUGCCCCACCCCUGUACAGCCUUCACCCCCCCCCCCCUCUCUUCCCUGACGUUAUGCCUGCACCACCCCUUUACACAAACACACACACAAAGCAACAUUCCCGGUCACGACACAGUACACUGGGCACGGCCUCGGCUGGGCAGCACAUAUUGCUGGACUGCGGCGUCUUUAGCUUGCCCACGCCCACCAACAGCAGUAACAGGGAUGGCAGGGGCGCGACAAAAGUAACACCGCGUCCCGUUCCUAGCCUCUACAGCCCACGAUAUAGCCUCUAACCCAAGCAUUCGUGCAAGUCCCUGAAAGUCUUACCACUCUGCCGCCCUGUCCCUGCAUACCCCCCUGUGAGUAUGUGUGUGUAUUGCCCUCCUAAUCCUUCCCCCUCGCAGACACGGAGUUGAGAAGCACUGUUACCCACCACCACUUGCGACAACAGCAACAACAAAAACACCACACCACACACCACACCACACCAACAGCAUGCACAAAUACCACCGCCACCACCACCACCAGAGAACAACAGAACUUCAAAACCACCACUACCAGACGGCAAAAACACCACCACCACUAUCACUAAUAACAAAACCACCACCACCAAAACAACAACCACCUGUAAACAUAAUCACCACCAAAACAAUACACUCCCCCCAAACAAACAACCACUUACGGACAGAACCAUCACUACCACCAUCAACAACAGUAACAACAGACUACCCAUCCCCCCAACCGUGCAGGCCUCCGACAAGAUCUCUCUUCUGCCUUUACGCUCACCCCCCCACCCCGCCCCCAUCCAUGCCAUUCCUCAGCAGCACGAGCAAGACAGUGCCCCGCCGAAGCCCAGUAGCAGGACAAGCUUGCGUGCAGGUGUUGGUAUCGUGUUAACCGCUAAUUCGUCACCAUUAUAUAUCAUCACUCUUAUCAGACGUGUACCAAUAUACCCGCUAACCACAACACCGCAUGACAAGCUUUACGUGCAGGUGUUGGUAUCGUGUUAACUGCAAAUUCGUCACUAGUAUAUACCAUCACUCUUAUCAGACGUGUACCCGCUAACCACAACACCACAUGAUAAGCUUUACGUGCAGGUGUUGAUAUCGUGUUAACUCCUAAAUCAUCACCAGUAAACACCGUCAUAUAAGCACACACCACACCACACCACACCACACACCACACCACAAGCACAACAGUUUCCUCUUCCUAUCGUGGUAUUGUGGUUGAGAUGUAUAGCCAUGAUACGCAGACCUCAGUUCGACUCUCAGCCAAAGCAGUAAACACAGUCCAACCAUUGUGUUCUUCUGCUGUGGGGUAAAAAAUGGGAGCUUAACGGUUCCAUGCGAUGAUAAAGAGACGGAGCACAGCGCAGAGGCGUGGCGUAGUUUAGCAUAGGGGUUCCUUACUUUACUUCACAUAAUAACAAAAACAAGCCACAAAUUAUACACCAAACAUUAGCAAACACCACGAAGAUAGACACAAACACUAUCACCCAAGAAAAGAAGAAAGAAGGGAAGGAAAGGAAUGGGAGGGAGAGGAAUAGAAGGGAAAAUAGAGAGAAGGAAUUGAGAGGAAAAAGAGCACACCACAACACCACCACACACCAUAAAUAACAGCACAUACACCACGAACCAAGCCAAACUAACUAAAAUACACCACCCAUUCCACCACCACAAUCAAAGCUACCCAAUGGAGCCUGACGUAACAGCUCGAAACCCAUUUAAAACCAUGCCACUGUAGGGCUAGAAGAUAGGUGUUAUGCGUAGGUACGAGAUUCAAUAAUAUAGAGGCGUUAAUAGCAUGUAAGUGAAGCAAAAUACGAGUACCAAUAGGCAGAUACUGAUAGCUGACACACACACACACACACACGGCUAUACUCACCAAACUCGAGAGGUGUUUUUCUAACUGAUAUUCGCCGCCACCACCACAGCUCUGCAUGGGUGGCUGAGAUGGCGAUGAGCGUGGCACGAAGUAGUGAUGGUAAGGAAGGAAUAUAAGACGGCCACUACGAUAAAAUAAAAUAAAAAAAGAUUCACAGACACACACGUGCACACUCCUCUCCUCACGAGCUGUCUGCUACUGAAGCCUCGGUCUUGGUCUCGGGGUAUCGGGGUUGAGUUGACAAGUGAACAGAGUUAGAUAUAUUUUGAACAAGCUAUAUAUAUAUAUAUAUAUAUGUGUGUGUGUAUACUUGAGAUUUACGACUCUAAGAUGAUCAGCGAGAGAGUAUAUUCUAUUUCCUUGCUUUAGAGGCAUCAUAUCUCACUACGUCAUACCCACGACAGCAUUCGAAUGGCAGACAGCAAUCACGUACAGCAUGCCAAGAUCCACGUUAUAAAUUUCAAAGCGAGCUUGUCAUUAGUUAUAGGGGGUUUUUUUCGUCCUCAGUAUGAAUGUGGUACUCCAAUGCCCACAUUUCCAUUCGAGUGCUGUUUUCCGCCCCUUUUUAAGCCCCCCAAACCAGCUGGCGGGGGGCGCGUCCCUCACAUCGCAUUUUGUACCACAAUCUGCAUCUUCAUAUCGGUCAUGCCUUGGUGAACAUUGAAGAUGGUUCAAAUAUUUACAGUGUAAGGGCACGAGUAUUCAGGAAGGUAUUAUAGUAGUAGCCAAGGACUGUCUGCCAGCCCGUGAACCAUUCCAGUGAGGAGCCAAGCGUUCAGUUUCCCAUAAUAGCUACAAUAGGUACGUACUACUCAUACGAAGCGAAACGUUAUGGAUUUGUAGCUACACCACGAAGGAAAUUCACCCUCAACACCGCCUCUCCGCCUCGGCCACACCUGCCCCAUGCUCGACGGGCCACGCCACGCCACCUGCAGUUCUGAAGACGGCGAAACAUGCUGUUGGGAAGAAACUGCGUCGACAGGUGUUUCACGAAGGCCCAGAGAAGCGUUGCAAGCUCCAGCAGCAGCGGCAGGGACUGGCCAGGGAUGAGGCGGUGUGCUAAGUAGGAAAUUAUUGCCAUGAUGUACUGGCUUCUAGACUGUAUAUAAUGACUGAAAAUGUGUUCGUUUAUUUUGUUUACGGUAAUGUAGAACAGCACCGAGCACAGAGCAGCGACGAGCCACGCCCCAUCACGCGACGAGCCCCGCCGGCGCCGCCCAACGAGUGCCGCAGGGCUCCUGGUGCCAGGCUGCCAGCGCGGGGCAGGCAGAGACUGAUUGGUUAUUUUUAUUUCUGGCUGCAGCAAAGAAUCUUGUGUCAAGCAGCUCUGUACACAUAUAUGUAACGUUAUAUAUAUAUAUAUAUAUAUAUAUAUAUAUAUAUAUAUAUAUAUAUAUAUAUAUAUAUAUAUAUAUAUAUAUAUAUAUAUAUAUAUAUAUAUAUACAUGAAAGUUUGGCUCUGACAAAUGCUAUACAGUCACGUGUCUAUGUAUUACCAUGAGCUGUAGAGGAGUGACCAAUAAUAAUAACUACCUGGUGUGA